AUGACGAACAGGACGUAUUUUCGCCACUUCGUUGCAGCACUUGCCCCCGGCUAUGCGCUGAGCACUGUGGCCAUGGUCAAUAUGUGUCAGAGAGACAAGAGUUCGUCGCGAAACAGCGUGCUACGGACGGAAGGCGCCAGAGAAGUAUUGACAAAAUCUCGCUCUUUCGCACCUACUUCCUCGUUGUGGCAGAACAAGGAGAGAAUCGCUCGCUCACGUCGGCGCGUUACUAAGAGAAACCUCUCACUCCAAGCGAAAACUGGUUUUCACUUUGUACAGCACUGUCGAACACCUCGCCGUACACAAGCGUUGUUUUGGGAGAAUCUUGUUGCAUGA